ACUCCUGGCUGGCGCGGCUGUAACUGAGAGCCUUGAGCUAUUGAGGUACCUAGGCCGUAGGUGAAGCAGUUGAGGUGAGAGCCCAGGUCAAGGUACCCAAGCACGAUCCUUAUGACAUACCAAGGUAGUGGGGCAGUGGACGUCGCUAUGGGCUCAAACACACAGAGGAGGGGUGAAGUAAGAGAGGCCGAACUGAGGGUGAGGGGCGAAGACGAACAGCAAAGAAGGCGCCAGUCGUCGUGUGUACGUCAGGUUCCUUCCCGACUUUCGGUGGAAUCCCCAAUCUUUUUUCUUGUUGUUCCCUCGCCUUCCUCUUCUUCCUCUUCUCUUUUUUCUUUUCCAUCUCACUUUCUCAUCUCUUCAACGAAACUUCUCGUGAUACGAAUUAAUACCAUUCAUCAUGUCUUCCUCUCUCGACCAGCUCAAGGCCACUGGCACUACUGUUGUGUCUGACUCUGGUGACUUUGCCUCCAUUGGCAAGUACAAGCCUCAGGAUGCCACCACCAACCCUUCUCUCAUUCUCGCUGCCUCCAAGAAGGCCGAGUACGCCAAGUUGAUCGAUGUCGCCAUUGACUACGCUAAGCAGAAGGGUGGCCCCAUCGACCAGCAGGUCGAUGAUGCUCUCGACCGUCUUCUUGUCGAGUUCGGCAAGGAGAUUCUCAAGAUCAUCCCCGGCAAGGUCUCUACUGAGGUUGAUGCCCGAUACUCUUUCGAUACCGAGGCCUCCGUCAACAAGGCUCUUCACCUCAUUGAGCUUUACGGUGAACAGGGCAUCUCCAAGGAUCGCAUCCUGAUCAAGGUCGCCGCCACUUGGGAGGGCAUCAAGGCUGCUGAGAUUCUCCAGCGCGACCACGGCAUCAACACCAACCUCACCCUCAUGUUCUCUCUUGUCCAAGCUAUUGGUGCUGCCGAGGCCGGUGCCUACCUCAUCUCUCCCUUUGUCGGUCGUAUUCUUGACUGGUUCAAGGCCUCUACCAAGAAGGACUACUCUAAGGAGGAGGACCCUGGUGUCCAGUCCGUCAAAACCAUCUUCAACUACUACAAGAAGUUCGGUUACAACACCAUCGUCAUGGGCGCCUCUUUCCGAAACACUGGCGAGAUCACUGAGCUUGCUGGCUGCGACUACUUGACCAUCUCUCCCAACCUGCUUGAGGACCUCCUGAACUCCAACGAGCCUGUUCCCAAGAAGCUUGAUGCUUCCCAGGCUGCUUCUCUAGAUAUUGAGAAGAAGUCCUACAUCAAUGAUGAGGCUCUCUUCCGCUUUGACUUCAAUGAGGAUCAGAUGGCCGUCGAGAAGCUCCGAGAGGGUAUCAGCAAGUUCGCUGCUGAUGCUGUCACCCUUAAGAGCAUCCUCAAGGAGAAGCUCUCCUAAAUCUUUUGCACGCUUAAUGAAUUAAGAGAAUGAUUAAAAAGUUAAAUAGGACAGUGUUGACGUGGGUAUGCAGAAAGCAUUGAAGCUGACUGCGGACAACCGACUAUAAUUUGUUCACGAUCUUUGCUGGGGAGUUGUCGUUGCUUAUACCACACAUCUUCUAUAGUUCAAUCCAUCUAGUCUUCCUCAACUUGAGGCGAAGUCAUUGGCCGUAAUUUGCCUUGUGCAUGAGGCACCCAUUGAAACAGAU